CUCGGUAUCCCUACCAAGAUCACUCGUGGUACUAUUGAAAUCUCGGCUGAGGUCCAGGUCGUUACUGCCGCCAGUAGCCAUUACAGUGUUGGCCCAUCCGAGGCUAAUACUCUCCUCAAUAUGUUGAACAUCUCACCGUUCACAUACAGUAUGACUGCCGUCCAGACCUUCGACUCUGGAAAUGUGUUCUCUCCCGAAGUUCUUGACAUUGACGAGAAGGUGCUCAUUGACCACUUCUUGUCCGGUAUCCAGACCAUUGCUGCCAUCUCACUUGCCCUCAACUACCCCACCGUCGUCUUGGUUGCGCACUCUGAAUCCCUUGUCAUGGUCAAUUCAUACAAGAACCUCAUUGCUUUGUGCUUGUCCACCGACUACAUCUUCGAGGGUGUCCAGAAGGUUAGCUCAAAUUUGAUUCAUUAUAUUUAA